GCAUCGAGCAGUAUUCGGCACAAUCAUAUUUCCACAGCAACCAGCCAUAUCGGCCAAGGCCAUCUUAUCGACCACCAUUGAUGUGAGUUGUUGUCCUCAUUGCAAAUCCCAAGCUCACUCCAGGCUGACCGUACACCUCCACAGACUGGACGAGAUCGCGAGCGCACCGCCAAGCUCUCGUUACGCAGGUUCCACAUCAGCAUCACCGCGUUCUUCUUUCAGCCACUCGUUCAUUGCGCAUCACAGGCCAAAAAGGCGGCGCAGGUCAACAGUGUCAGUCGACUCGCAGAUCACGGUCGACUGGGAUGUCACUGUACCGGCAAGCUACGACACGCAAGCUGCAUCGUCUAGCCCUGCGCCCCAUCAGGACCACAUCGAUCCGCAUACAGACACUCCAUCACGCCCCGAGAUGUCGAAUAGCGGGAGGAACCCGCAGCUCGAUUCGCCGCCUCUCCAGCGAGAAUACCUCGAUGUGACACCACGCCCACUGAACGGGACCGAAAAGUCCAAGCCGAAGACGAAGCAUGGAGCAGACAUCAACGCGGCUUUCAAAAAGCUGGAGGCGGACAUGGACACAGCUCUGGGCCGCAAAGGGCCACCGUCACCCAGUGCAAGCAGACAAGUGUGGGACGACUAUCUGAACAAUGCCAUGGCUCACCUGCAGAAACGAUCCCAUGAGCGAAACCGAUGGGAGCAGCUCGAAACGCUCCAGGCUGAGCAAGACAGGAUGCGCCAGGAGCCAUUCCGAUUUGUGCUGCCCGAAGGAGACGAGGGGGAGGAGGAGGAUGACUUUGUAUUUCCAGGUCGUGCCAAAGUCCUCCGGCAGCGGAAAGUCCCGCCGGUUUUGCCGCCACUGGCAAUGGAGAGCUCGCGCAAGAGAGUGAUGGAUGAUCGACCACGACAACACACUCCUAAGAAGAAUGGCCAUCCCCAGCCUGCGCCCAACGGUAGCGAUUCUGCAGAGGCAAAGACUGACAACAAGACCACCAAUACUCCGUCCAUGGCCGAGAAUGCGCGUGACUCAGCCGAUAAGGAAGGCCGACCAGGCUCUGCGAAGAAGAAGAGACUUACGGAGGAUCUGAAUUCCAACCUGGGAGCAGCGGUAAGUCAAGCUCGGCUUCUGCCAAACAAUAUCGAUUUGGGAGUGACUCACAUACUGAAACUUUGAGCAGUGGGACGCCCACGUCGAUAUUAACGGCAAUCGACCACGAAGAGCUAGUGAUAAGUUGCAGCGCUGAGUGUGUUACGUGGAGGUUGUUGGAGGUGGCGUCGGUGUAAUCAAAUAUCAGAUCGCUGCGAGAAGUAUCAGUUGGUGCCCGUUCCUUCUUUCUUCAUUUGCUAGCGCAUAAGAAACCUGAAGUUCUUGUUUAAGCCAAUUCUUGUCACCAAUAGAUCGUGAACCACUUCCAACUGGCCGAAGCGUGAUCCUGCUGUGAAG